GAUCAAUGACAUUUCCGGUAAACUGAAAAAUAAACAUUGCAGUUGUCAAAAUUUUCUGUUUACAUUCAUUUACACAAUGUUACAAAUAACUAAUGAACUACUGUAAGUAAUUUAUAAGAUUGUAUACCAAAUAGAAGAAAAUAGAGAUAUUCUGUAAGAAAUAGUUGGGAGCUCUGCUCAAUCUAUCCCUUUCUUUAUUAAUUCCAAGCCCUUCUUGAGUACAUCAUUAUUACAUUUAAUAAUCGCAUCGUUAAAAAUCAUGGAAGAGACCAGUCACAAGAAAGCUAUGACUCCAGCUGAGAGAAAACGCCUUCAACGACAGCGCCAAAAAGCAAAAGAUCCAGACUUUCAGAAAAAGGAAAACGAACGAUUGCGCUUGUUAAGGAAUGGAAACAGAGCCAUGAUGAGCCCAUCUGAGCUGCAGGAACAAAGGAAAAAAGAUCGGGUUAGGCAGCAUGCUUGCAGAGACAAAAAGAAACGUGUGGCUAUUGAGAAGAAGGAAGCAUCAACACCAAAAUCAAAAGUAAAGGGAUAUGGCACACUACACUCAAAUGGUUGUAGUUAGUGACAUUUUCUUGUCCAUGAGCUUUUCAGGAUAUCGGACAACAUCAGAGUUAAGUAAUUUUUAACUUCAGAGGCAUCUUCAACAGCUAUCAUCUUUUAUUGACUAAAGGACAUUAUACAGAACAGGCUCAACCUUGUUUUCAUAUAUCUAUGGUGAAUUACACUGAAAUAUUUUAUUCUGAACUUGGAUUAACAGCAACAUUUCACUUCUUCACUGUCUUGGAAUAUAUAUAUAUAUAUAUAUAGAGGUUGAUUUUGUACCCAAAUUAAAUUUGGACACCUUUACAAAGGUGUUUUCUGCAUAUGCAACCAAUGACAAAGAUUGCAGUUGAUGGAAAGAAGACUGAAGGUAUAUUUGUUAGGGAAAAUACUCAUGAUGUGAGAAAAAAAAAAAAAAAAAAUUUAAUGAACUGAUUUUUCUUUUUCUGAAGAGAUGCCAAAAAUAAUGGGAAAAUCAUCAUACCACUGUGAUAUCUGUAAAAAGCCAUUCUCUCAAGAAGUUAAUCUCAUUACUCACAAAUGUAUUUGUGCUGAAGUAAAACCAUAUCACUGUAAUAUUUGUGGUAAAGCAUUCACUGGAAGGAGUGAUUUAACUAAACACAAAUGCAUUAACACAAAUGAGAAACCACAUCAAUGUGAUAUCUGUGGUAAAGCGUUCUCUUAUGAAAGUUCUUUAACUAUACACAAAUACAGUCAUACAGGAGAGAAGCCACAUCAUUGUGAUAUCUGUGGUAAAUCAUUCUCUCAAAAAGGUAAUCUCACCAUCCACAAGCGUAUCCAUACAGGAGAGAAGCCAUAUCACUGUGAUAUCUGUGGCAAAGCAUUCCCUGCAAGUGGUGACCUGACUAAACACAAAUAUAUUCACACAGUGAGUAUUUUGCUGUGGAUACCUUUAAGCUUUGGGUGUGUUGAAGAAGCCAUGAAGAAAUAUCUCACUUGUCUUACUCGGACUAAUAUUACUCAAAAUAUCAUGACAUCCAACUUGACUGCAGAACACAUCGAAGCUAUGUGCAGGGAGAAAAAAACACUGUUUCAGUGUAUGAGUAAAGUAACCGAGUGUUCAACGUAUACACGAGAGAUGCUUCUCACAGGAAUCGACAUUAAUUCAAUGCGUCAGGCUUAUGAUAAAUUGUGCCAACGGAAGGACGAAUUCACCCGUGAUCUUCCUUGCCUAGAAAAAUAUUCCAGCGCCAUGGAUAAGUCUUUUGCCGCAGUGGUUGAAGAACGCAGCGAUUUAAGACAGAAAUUAUCCUACUCCGACAUCACAUUUGACGAAUACUUCGAGAAAUAUUGCCCAAUGUGGAAGAAAGUAAUUGACAAUUUGCCUGAAGUUAUCGGAUGUCCACAGACGUUCGUUGAACUUUUACAAGACUACUUCUAUUCAAUGAUGCCGGAAAAGUGUAAAGCGAUUACAGAGCAAUAUCGACCUGAAGACAAUGGUUCCUCCAAUGUCAUCUUUAAGGGAGGACAAACGUACUUUAGCUUCAUAUUAUUUCUUAUCUUCGUCUUUGCUACUGAAUAAAAACUGACCCUAGUUAACGACUCAA